CAGGACAGCACCUCCACCUUGAUCCUCCCAUCCGGGUUGUACUUUGAUCCUUGGGCGACUCGAACAGAAAUCAAGGAAGCUUCUCGUCAAGCCGUUGAGGAUCAGGUGUUUUCUGUCAUGACCGGCCUCAGUGGAAAAACGUCUUCAAAGUGCGAGACCAUGACGGCGGCGAGGAGCUGUUGUUGACAGGUGGGACGAUAGAUGGAGGGUCAACUUAAGCUAAGCGAAUGCGGCUACAGAGAAGUGGCUUGUUUGUGCCGGGAAAACAUUUCAUUCUGCGACCAGUCCAGAAGACGGGAACAACUCCUGACGGAUUUUUUUGUCCAUUUGAAGUGAAAUAAAAUUGACGAUUGAAAAUGUAUGGAAACCCGGGGCCAUUUUCAUACACCCCAAGGGAUGAGGAACCAAGGGGUACAUCCUUGCAACGAACCAUGUCCAGGCCCACUGGGAAAUCCAUUUACAUGCAGAGAAAAGAGUACGCAGAGACGCUCAACAGACAACAGGACAGCUUAAACGCCAGAGUGGAGCAUCUGCUCACCUGUGAGCUUGAUGGGCAACUGUUGAAGACGGUUGAGGACUGUGUUGCCAAGCUCAGGAGGCUGGAGGCCAAAGGCCGCCUGUGGUCUCAGAACAUGAUCAUGGACAUCCAAGGACCUUUUCUUGUGCUCAGUGACAUUGAGACUAAGGCUGAGCUGGAGUCCAUUCCUCUAAGUUUCAUCACGCAAACCAAAUUCUUGGAGGACGAGUCUGAAGACAGCUCUCUGCUGAUAUUAACUGUACAGGACCGCAACAAACGAGUCCCGCAGGUCUUCAUGUUUCAGUGUGAGGAGACCUCGGGGGACAUAGUGAAGGCUGAUCUGGAUAAGGCAGUGCAGAGAGGGGGAGGCAUUGAUCCGGAGCCUUUCAAAGAUCACACCGACAUCAGGAGUAAUCUUGAGAAUAUCAUCGGCCUGCAAGCUGCAGGAGGUUUUCGGCCGCCUGUGCCUCAAUCUCCCGAGUAUGAGAGGAGGCCGCCGCCACCUGACUUCAUGAGCCCACAGUGGAACAACAGAGAACCAGAAUAUAUGGCUCCUCCACGAUUGUACAAUCCUCAAGACGACAUGAUGCCUCAGCCAGGUUUUUUCGAGCAGCAGAACGGUCCAGAAAUCCCAGAUGAGAAGCAAGAAAUGGAAAGGAACAUGGACAUUUUUAACCACAUAAUCAGUGAUUUGGAGAUCUUCAUGGACAGAGUGGCAGCCACAGCAAACAUGCCACAAGAAGAGGAAAAGAGCAAGAAGAAAAAGAAAAAGUCCAAGAAGAAAAAGUCACAGAAAGACGCACUGCCUGAUAAUCUCCCGCAUUGGGAAGAAUACGCCUCCUUCCUGCAGAAGGUCAAAUAUGGAUUUAACCUGCUGAGCAAGCUUGACGGGGUUCUGACGCCCGUCAGCGCUCCCGACUACGUUCACAUCUUCUUCCAGUUUUUGGAGGCGAUUGUUCCCCAGUACCCUUCCGACCUGCCCCCAACUGUGGUGCCCCCCCUGUUGACAGAGGCUGCCAUAGAGAUGUUGGGUCAGGUGUUGGGGCGGGAGGAGUACCGCCUGUGGAGGUCUCUGGGAGACUGCUGGUUCGUCCCCAGGUCCAACUGGCCAGACAACGUCCCACCUUACAUCCCAGAAUUCUAUGACGGCUGGCAGCCGCCUGCACCUCCACCCCCCCUCUCUCCCCAACUCCGACAGCAAAACGGUCCAAUGAUGAGCAGGAGCAACAGCCAGCGCUUCCAUCCUGACGGAGCGGGUCGGAUGAACGACGACCCGCCGUACUCCCCCAGGGCCAGCCUGCGGCGACCUGAAGAACCCAUGACAAACGGCCCGUGGAAUCCGAUGCCUCCUCAAUCGGAGCCGCCAGCGCUCAUGCGCGCCAUGUACAACUUCAAUGCCAGGAACAACAAAGAGCUGAGUAUUAUGAAGGGAGAGACGGUUCAGGUGGUUAAUAAAGCAAAGCAAUGGUGGCUCGUUCGCAACUCACGUGGUGAAGAAGGAAACGUCCCCCUGAAUCUGUUGGAACCAGCUUCAAGCGACAGAUCUAUGGACGAGCCCCCAUAUGCACCACGCAACGCUUUUGGACCCGUGACUCUGGGUAUGAACUCCUCACCUGGGGAGGUGAAGGCCUGGCUGGAGUAUAAAGGUUUCUCCAGAAUCACUGCUACCAGCCUCGGGGUGCUGAGUGGAAGACAGCUUCUGGGCAUGUCCAAAGAGGAGUUGAGGGCAGUGUGUCCAGAAGAAGCAGCGAAGGUCUUCUUCCAGCUUCAGGGAAUCAAAUCAUCAAUCGCUCUGGCCAAUGAACAGUCCGGCAUGUACAACGGUCGCUACUAGCAACCGGAGCGGCAGUACUGUGGAGAUCUUGGAUCGCCAUCUGGAUACACCAUGUAUAGCAAUAAUCAGUAAAUGAUGAAAAGAUUUGUUUAUGCUUUUUAAAUGUGAUCCUCUCUAAUAUUAAGCAUUUAAAUUAAUGCAUGUAUUUAAAGCUUUCUGCUGGAUUAUUUUACUUAAAUGACAUUUUCUGAUGUAAAAAUAAAUCCAAAGACGAUUAUGAAAAUUUGACUUUAUUCACAAAAUGUAACGUAUCUUUACUACAAUUAAAGGUGUUGCUUUCACGUCAAAGUACAAAGUCGGUUCUUUUUUUGUUUUAAAUCCAGA